AUGAGUGUCGAGGACAAGUUAAGGAGGUUAAGAGUGCGCAGAGGUCAGAUUAAAGCGCAAUGCACAAGAGCUCUUAGCACUCUCACAUCGGACGCGGUACAUGAUAUGUCCCUAACGCAAUUGUCGGAACGUAAGGCAAAGGUCCAAUUAACGUGGUCGCAAUUUGAUCAAGUCCAAUCAGAGAUCGAAGUAUUGCAAGAUUCCGCAGAAUUCGCAGACACGCAUGAGAACGAAAGAAAAGACUUUGAAGAGGCGUAUUAUGACAUUAUGGCUAAAUUUCAAGAUUUGAUUAUUGUCAAUAACGCGGUUAACGUUCCGUUAAUUCAAGCACAGUCGGUAGCAGUAAAUCAUAAUCAAACGCCCGCUAGGAAUCUAAGGCUUCCUAAAAUCGAUUUACCGUCCUUUUCGGGAGUGUACGAAGAAUGGUAUCCAUUUCACGGCACUUUUCAAUCUCUCAUUCAUCGCGAUACUUCGAUAAACGAAAUUCAGAAAUUUCACUACUUAAAAUCUUCUCUCAAGGAGGAAGCCGCUGAAAUAAUUCAAUCGCUCGAGAUUUCAUCCGAAAAUUACAAUGAAGCGUGGCAGAUGUUAAAAAGGCGGUACGAUAACAAGCGUCUCAUCAUACAAAAACACAUUAAGGCUUUAUUCGAGUUGCAACCGGUCACCAAAGAGAAUCACGCGGGUCUUCGUCAUUUACUGGAUGGCGUACUGAAACACAUAAGGGCCUUAAAGGCUAUCGGUCGACCGACCGAGUCAUGGGAUGAUCUUAUUAUACAUUUGAUAACGGGUAAGUUAGAUCAUAUCACAAACAAAGAGUGGGAAAAUAGCAUUACGGAAUCAGACAUUCCCAAUUUGCAACGCUUAACAGAAUUUUUAGAGCACAGGUGUCAUAUGCUCCAGGCAAUCAAUAGGAAGAUUCAGCCGUCAUCAUACUCACAAGUUAAACUGACUCAAGCAAGGGUUUCAUCUUUAGUAAGUUCUAACACGGCGUCAUGUCAGAAGUGUAAGGAAAAUCAUCCAAUCUACGCAUGCGAACAAUUUUUGAAGCUAUCCCCAGAGGAGCGACAAAAGGUUGUCAAGGAAAAAAAAUUGGAAUUGCAUGAGGGCCUCAUCACACACGGCGAGAACUUGCAAAUCAACCAACUGCAAGACUUGCGGCAAGCGACAUAA